GGGACACUGGGAAGCUGGCGCGAAUCGCACGGCGCGUGCUGGGACCGCUGGUGGAGAGCGGGGGUGCCCGCGGGAGCGGGAGCUCCUCACAGACAUGGCGGGGAAGGGAGGUCUCUACGGCUGCCAAGACCCCGCGUGCUGGAGACGAGUGCGCGACCUGCACUGGGCGGUGGUCGAAGCCAAGGGGAGCGAGCGGAAAGGCCUCACCGGGCUGGAGAAAUGGUAUCAGGAGGAGUUGCCGGUUGCUCUCGCGGGACGGAAAGAGAAGCAUUUGACCCAGGCCGAAGUGGUGAAGCUGAUGCAGUGGAAACUCACCCGGGGAAAGUUCCGUCCUCGUCUGCAGCAGCUGGUGGCCACUAACUCCCAGGAGACAGUGGAGCGCUGUACAAGGAAAGCUUUUCAACUCCUCCCAGAUGUGGCAGCUGCCAUAACUGAGCUGAGCCAGUUAAAGGCUGUAGGACCAGCCACGGCUUCAGCAAUCCUGGCAGCAGGAGCCCCUGAGGUUGUGGCUUUCAUGGCAGAUGAAGCAGUGGAGUCCAUCCCAGGCCUCACCCCCAUUAAGUAUUCCCUCAAGCAUUACAUCCGCUACCUGGACAGGAUCCAGCUCUGUACCAAGAAACUAAAUGAAGUUGACACAGAGAAAGGCUGGACUCCUCACCAGGUGGAGAUGUGUCUCUGGGCCUGGGCUGUGGCACAGAAGUUGUGUCCUGUGCUGCUGCAGACACUUUGCUUAGGGGAAGAAGAGGCUGGUGAGGAUGCCAGAGCCACAAAGAAACAAAAAACCAAAUGAAAUCAUCCCAGGCAGAGACCCAACAAGCAUCUACACGUUUGCCUCCUGUAGGCUGAUCUACAGCCCGACCACAGCCUAUGGUGGACUCCUUGGGGAUUCAAGUGUUGCCCUGGUUCUGGUGCCUUGGGUGAGGGGGAGGGAGACGUUAAGUGAAUCCCUCCCCAUUCUGUAGCCCAAGCUGCAGAAACCUGUGUUCAAGACCCUAUCUUCUCUAGGCACUGGCUUUGUGAGUGUCCUGCUUCUUUCAAUGAUUUUUUAAUAAAACUUUGAUAGACUUUUGUAGAACCAUGUGGUGAGUGCUUGCU